UAUUUCAGUAUGUAGUUGCACGUGUGCCGCCGCUUGUUUUUAUCCAAAUGCGCUCGACUUUAAACAAAAACCAAGAAAUAAGCAAUGGGUGCGAAGAAUAAACGGGCCAACUCUGAUGCGGUGUAUGCAAAGAAGACGGUCAAGUCGAGCAAUCCCUUCGACAAUGCCACAGCGCAGUCGGCGAAGCGACAGAAUCCGUUCGAUGUGCAUGUGAACAAGGAGAAGUUCAAGAUCUUGGGGCGCAUCUGCAAGCAUGACCGUGGCAUGCCUGGCGUGGCGCGCUCCAAGGCGCUGCAGAAGCGCACCCAGACGCUGGGCCAACAGUUUGCCGUGAAGCACAAGACGAACAAAUUCAAGGACAAUCGGAUUGGCCGGCACCUGAGCGGCGACCAGCUGACGGAAUCUGUGAUGAACGCCCGCUAUCUGGCGGAGAAGAUGUCCCAAGUGCGCACGACACAGAAGGCACAGAAGUUCAAUCUGAACGACGACGAGCUGCUGACGCACAGGGGACAGACGCUGGAGGACAUUGAGCAGUACCGCGAUGAGCGUUCCGACGACGAAGAGCUGGACGACGAGGCCCUAGACGCCGACUUUACGUCUGCUGCCCAUUUCGGUGGCGAUGAGAAUGAGACCAGCCCCCACGACCGUCAGGUGGCCAUUGAUGAGAUGAUUGCCGAGCAGAAGCGUCGCAAAAACGAGAUCGACAAGGAGAAGAACGAGGUGUACGAUCUGACGGAGAAGCUGGACGCCAACUACAGGCUGCUGCUGCCACUGGUGGCCAAGGCCACCAAGGAUGAGCAGGAGGCCAAGCCGCCGGCGGACGCCUAUGACAAGCUGCUCAAGGAAAUGAUAUUCGAGCCGCGCGGCAGUGUCACGGACAAGCUGAUCAAUCCCGCAGAGCUGGCCAAGCAGGAGGCUGAGCGUCUCGAGAGGCUCGAGAACGAGCGGCUGCGUCGCAUGAGAGCCGAAGGCGAGGAAGAUGAGGCGGCCAAUGCACAGCCCAAGCAUCGCUCAGCUGAUGACUUGGACGAUGGAUACUUCGUGGCCGGUGGGGAGGAGGAAGACGACACCCUGGCCUAUGAUCUGGAGGGCAACUUGGGCACGCAUCUCAAAGGCAAGGCGCCCGCAAAGGAAGCCAGCGGAGACGAAGCCGAGGACCAGCAGGAUGACGAGCAGGAGGAGGAGGAGGAGACAUCCGAGGACGACAGCGAGUCUGAGGAUGAGAACUACAGUGAUCUGAAUGAGUCUGCGUCUGAGUCCGAGACGGAGGAGGCAGCUGCGCAGCUGCCCAGCAAAAAGAAGAAGCCCAAAAAGGAGAAGCCCCCAACGCGGUCGCUGGACUCCAGCAUACCGUUCACCAUUAAAAUGCCCAAAACCUACGAGGACUUCACGGAGCUGCUCGCGAAGCAUGCCGCUGAGCAGCAGGCCACCAUUGUGGAGCGCAUCAUCAAGUGCAAUGACCCCAAGCUCGAUGGCGUCAAUCGGGAGCAUGUCGUGAAGCUCUACUGCUUCCUGCUGCAGUACAUCAAGGAUCUGUUCGAGGAUGCCAGCGAGCAGGACAUACGGGAGCACUUCCAGCUGCUCUCGCGCCUCAUGCCCCACCUGUACAGCCUCACCCAGCUGAAUCCGGAGCGCAUGUCCAGCGCCCUGCUGGACGUGCUCAAGGAGAAGUUCGCCGACUACCAGAAGAACCGCAAGACAUAUCCCACGCUGGACACGCUCGUUUACUUCAAGCUGGUCUCCAAUGUGUAUUCCACCUCGGACUUUCGACAUCCCGUGGCCACGCCCACGUACGUCUUCAUGGAGCACAUACUGUCGAGGGCGCGGGUACGAACGCGUCAGGACAUUGCCAUGGGCCUGUUUGUGGUCGCCAUUGCCCUGGAGUUCGGCUCCCAGUCGAAGCGUUUCCUGCCUUCCGUGUUCAACUUCCUCGAGGGCAUCCUGUACGUCUCGAUACCCAAGCGAGCCGGGGACAAGCUGGAGGUAGCGCCGCCGUUCGAGCUAGACGGACCCUUCAGCAAGCUGCUGGCCAUUCCAGCCACGCCAGAGAGCAAGUCGCUGGAACAGCAGAAGCUCCAGGCCGCCGAUCUGGUCAGCCACACGCUCACGCUGGACUUCAAGGUGCGCGCCCUGGACGCCACGCUGUGCCUGAUCCAGGAGGCGCUGCAGCUGGUGGGGGAGCACACGGGUGCCUGUUACCUGGCCAGUCCCUUCAUUCCCCUGCUCGCCCGCCUGCGCCUCAAGCCGUAUCCCGCGCAUGUGCACCAGCACCACAGGGAGGCGACGCUGCUGGUGCAACAGUUGGCCGAACAGACAAUGAAGCCCGUGGCGCUCGCAGAGCGGAAGCCCAAGGCGCUGCGCAUGCUGGAGCCGCGUUUCGAGACGGUCUACGAUGACAAGCGCCGCCCCAAGAUGUCCAAGGAGAAGGAGGAGCGCGCCAAGCUGCUGCACAAGAUCAAGCGCGAGAAGAAGGGCGCCAUUCGGGAGAUACGCCGCGACACGGCCUUCGUGCAGGAGCUCAAGCUCAAGCAGCAGCUGCAAAGCGACAAGGAGCGGCACGAGAAGGUCAAGCGCAUCUACCAGGAGGCCUCCGUGCAGCAGGGCGAACUCAACGAGCUGGCCCGCUCCAAGAAGCGCAAAAAGUAGGAGCAAAGUUUGUUCUUUAUAUCACGAAAGCCGCUCGCGACUUUCCAUUUUUGUACAGAAUCAUGCGAAUUAUGUUAGCCUAUAAAUAAUAUGUAAACA